CUUGCUGUGAUAUUUGGAUAGGCUACUAGACUGAAGAAGUAGUUUGGAUCAGCUUAAGACUUUGGUUAUUUGGUUACAAAAGUAGAUCUGGGAAUCCUGCAUGUUACUGGAUCAGUAGAGGGGCAGUAGAAUAUUUUGUUGCCUAACUUCAUUCCUGCUCUUUUACAUCUUUGACUGUAUUAAAAAUCAGCAAACUUUAAGGAGUGACUGGAGUGAAUUAUGUCGGGUUGUGGCUGCAAUUGAGCAGAUGAUCUUUCAGUGACAUGGAACUGGAUAUUAUGUGGCCUAUCGAAAUGAGCCUUGUGGAUAUUACGAAGAUAUUUUCCAUGUUUCAGCCAACCGAAGAAGAAGGCAAUGGAGAAAUAAGUCAGUUAAACCAAGCAAUCUCUAACGAUGAUGACAAACUACUAGCUGAACUUUUAUGUCAGGAAAGGUACAGGAGAUUUAUCAAUAGUCGAAGUGGGUGGGGUGUUCCAGGCACCCCUCUACGUUUAGCGGCUAGUAUGGGUCACCUAAAAUGUCUGGAGGCCCUCCUAGCCCAUGGUGCUGAGGUGGACAGUUUAGACGUGAAAGCUCAAACACCUUUGUUCACUGCUGUUAGUGGUAAGCAUUUAGAUUGUGUUCAAGCCUUGCUUAGGGCAGGAGCUAAUCCUAAUGGUAGUAUUUAUAACAACAGUUCACCUCUUUUGAUUGCUGCAAGAGAAGGGGAUGUGGAGAUUUUAAAGGAACUGCUGGAUCAUGGAGCAGAAGUCAAUGUUCGUUGCAAAAUGCCAAAUUGGGCCUACAACCCCUGUGCUUGCAGUGGUCCUCUCUACCUUGCUUUGGUUUAUGGACACUUUGACUGCUUUCGUCUUCUUCUGUUAUAUGGAGCCAAUCCAGACUUUAACAGCACUGAGGAAAGACUACUGUCAAGAAUUAAAUCACCAAAGACAGCUCUGGAGAUGUGUUUUAAAUAUGGCUGUGGAACUGAGUAUGUCCAGUUGCUCAUAGACUUUGGAGCAAAUCUUUAUUUACCAGAUCUGUCGGCAAGUAAAAAUAUAAAGCAAAAUGAAGUGCUUAAACUUCUAGACAGAGCCAGAGCUCAGCCAAGGUGCUUGAUGUCACUUUCCAGGAUAACCAUCCGCAAAUACCUCAAACAAGCAAGUGGACUGCAUUCCAUUGACCAGCUGAACAUACCCCCAAUUCUAAAAGACUAUGUGAAACACCAUCUGAGUUGAUUGUUGUGUUUUUAGAAGGAUAUAUGGUUUGUGUUUGGUAGAGAUGAGAUCAAUUUAGCCAAAAACCUUUCUUUAAAAUGUAUGAUUUUAAAAUUGUGAUUUCACAUCUGUCACAGAUAGAGCAUUUUACUUCAAUGGUUCUGAAACUAACUGGAUUAUUACCAAUUGGAAUUGUCUUGUGUGUUGUAUAACAGGAAAUUUUCAAACUUCAACUCUCUGUUAUGGAUAAGGGAAAUUUAGGUUUAUUCUUACCAAUAGAAUUUCUUAAUUUAAUUUAAAGAUAGUACUCAAUGCUAUAUCAAUAAUUCCAUGUAUUAGUUCAACAAAAUUUUGUUAGACAUGACACAUUCUUCAACAAAGUAAACCCUAAGAUAUUCAGGCAAAUAUAUAUUAGAAAGGAUAAUGUGAUGUGAACUAAUCGUCAAUUUAUUUAAUAAAUAAUAAUUGUAGUAUAUUUAAUAAUUCAACAAUUUUGUCAAUUACUUAUUUGUGCUUUUUUACUUCUACAAUUGAAAACAUGUUUAAAUAGAAUUGUGACGCCUACCACAAUUGAGUUGCCUAAUGACAUUUUAAUUGACUCAAUUUUAAUUGUUCAGUGAAUGGGCCCUGCUUGUUUAGGUUUUCAGAUGAAGAAUUUGUGGGCGGCA